GACCCCACACUCCUGGAAGGCUGUGGCCCAGCAGCUCACUUCUGUCCCCUCCUUGUGACUCUGAGUGGGCAGGAGAGGGUUCCUCCUGACUUGGGAGAUCUGGAUGGGUUGGGAAGAUGCUGUCUUUCUCAGCUGCUGAGGGGACAGUAGGGUAGGUAUUGGAGUCAGAAUUAAGUCCGGGAAAAUGGAGAACCCCAGAGGGAGAAACGCGAACGUCGAAGAAGACCCCAAGGAAGGAGACAGGGGGUUAGAUAGAUCCCAUUGGGGCUGGUGGGGAGAAGGCAUAACCUUCCGUGAAGAUGGUGCCUGGGUUGGAGGGGAGGAAAGCAGCAAACAAAACAAGAGGCCUGGCCCGUGUCAGUCCUCGCUCUGCUCUAGUGCGCUGGGAGACCUUGGGCAAGUCACUCACCGCUCUGGGAUUCAGGUUUCCAUUUGUAAAACAGAGAGGGUUGAAAUAGAAGAUGUUGCCAUUUUAUGGUUAGGAUCAGAGGGGGAAAGGAAGUAAAACAAAGAACUGUGAAGAAGCAGAGAAGAUAAAAGCAGCUGAGAGAUGUAAUCAGAUUUCUGAAUGGGGGGAGAGAGAAAGGGAGAGAGAUUAAGAGACGCAGAUGUCAGGACACGUAUCCUGAGGAGGGGGGAGGGGGGUUGGGGAGGGGAGUCCAAGGCCCCCAUCUCCCCAGGGGAGACGAGUGACUCCUUUGAGCUCUCUGGGAUUGCCCUAGCCGGGGGGACAGUGUGGCCCUGAGCCCCACCUGCGACAGAUGAGUCAAAACUGGGCCGCGAGCUGCAGCAUCCCCAGGCUCGCCAGCCACAGGCGUGCAGAGCCAGCAAGGCUGAGGUUACGCUGAGGCUGAGCCCUGGGCUGGUCUCUCACAGGAGGGUGGAGGCUCUGUUAAAUAUAUAUCUGCUACGCCUGAGGUCGCAGGUGGUGGGGAGCAAGACGGGAGCACUCAGCGCCUCGGCACCUCACCCCUUCCCCACACCUGCGCAGGUCUUCUGGCACCGAGUCUCGGCCCAGGCUGGGAAGCAUGCAGAUCAUUCCCGACCAGGAGUUAGCUGGCCUUUUACGUACACCACGGAUGGGGAUGUGAAGUGGUGCAGCCCUUUAGGAGGUCAAGUCGAUUAUGUUGGCACUACUCACCAAUAUUGCAAAGGAUACCUAUUUAUUAACUCUACAAAUCCUCUUCCAGGGAUUUGUCUUACAACAUGCACACAUGUGAAAUGAUAAACCCACGAAUUGUCACUACAGCUUUGUUUAUACCAGUGAACAAUUAGAAACAAUGUCAAUUCCCAUCACAAGUGACUAAAUACAAAAUGACACAUCCAUGUAGUGGAAAUCUACAUAGCUGUGAAGAGGAACAAGGGAGUUCUUUAUUUUCUUGGGAAGCAGGAACUCCAAGAAAAGUAGUCUGAACAAGUAAGAGGCAAAACUGGGUGUAAAGUAUUCUAGCAUUUGUUGAAUUCUAAUGUGUGAUUCUAUCAUUUAAGAGCAUAUAUGUGUUAAUGUUAGUUUGUAUAUACACUAAAAAUCUCUAGAAAGAUUAUAGGCAACAAAAGAUAAUAAUGAUGGUUAUUUAUUUAAAGUGUGGAAACUGGGGUGGAUGGAGGAUAAGAGUGGGAGAUUUCUCACUAUCCAAACUUUUUGAUUUUUAAAAUUGUGGUAAAAUACACAUCAAAUUUAUCAUUCUAAUCAUUUUAAGUGAAAAUUUCAGUGACAUUAAGUACAUUCACAAUGUUACACAAUCAUAACUACUAUCUAGUUCUAGAACUUUUUCUUCACUCCAAAAGUGACUGCCCAUUAAGUGGUCACUCCCCAUUCUCCCCUCCUCCCCAACCCCUGGCAACCACUAAGCUACUUUCUGUCUCUCUGGAGUUGUCUAGUUGGCCUAUUUCAUAUAAAUGGAGUUGUGCAGUGUGUGGUUGUUCGUGACUGGUUUUGUUCAGUUAACAUAAUGUUUUCAAGGUCCAUCAAUGUUGUAGCAUGUAUCGGUACUUCAUUCCUUUCUAUGGCCAAAUAAUAUUUUAUUGUAUGGAUAUACCACAUUUUACUCAUGCAUUCAUCAGGUGAUGGGCAUUUGGGUUGUUUCUACCUUUUAGCUACUGUGAAUGGUACUGUGAUGAACAGUCCUGCACUGGUGUGUGUUUAUUUACACACCCAUUUUCAAUUCUUUUAGCGAUAUCCUUAGGGGUGGAAUUGUCAAGUGCUAGGGUGACUCUGUGUUUUAACUUCUUAAAGAAUCACCAAACUGUUUUCCACAGUUGUACCAUUUUACAUUCCCAUCAGCAAUGUAUGAAGGUUCCAUUUUCUUCACAUCCUCAUUGACCUUUCUUUCUUUCUUUUUUUUUUUUAAUUAUAGCCAUCCUAGUGGGUGUGAAGUGGUAUUUCACUGUGGUUUUGAUUUGCAUUUUCCUGAUGACUAAUCGUGUUGAGCAUCUUUUUAUCUGUUUCAGUCACUUGUCUAUUUUCUUUAAAGAAACGUCUAAGUCAUUUGUCCAUUUUAAAAUUGGGUUGUUCUUUCUUUCUUGUUGAGUUGUAAGAGUUCUUUACGUAUUCUGGAUACCAGAUACGUGAUUUGCAAAUAUUUUCUCCCAUCCCAUGGCCUUUCUUCUCCCUCUCUUGAUAGUGUCCUUUAAUGCACAACAAUUUUAAAUUUGAUGAAGUCCAAUUUAUCUAUUUUUUCUUUUGUUGCUUGUGCUUUUGGUGUCAUAGCUAAGAAUUCAUUGUCAAGUCCAAAAUCAUGAUGACUUAUCGCUAUAUUUUCUUCAAAGAGUUCAUAAUUUAAGAACUUAUGCUUAAAUCUUUGGUCCAUUUUCAGUUAAUUUUUGUAUGUGUUGUAAGGUAGGAGUCCAACUUUAUUCUUUUACAUGUGGAUAUCCAGUCCUCCCAGCACCAUUUGUUGAAGGUUAUUCUUUCCGUAUUGAAUGGUUUGGCAUCUUUGUUGAAAAUCAAUUGGCUGGGGGCUUCCCUGCUGGUUCAGUGGUUAAGAAUCCACCUGCUAAUGCAGGAGACAUGGGUUUGAUCCCUGGGUGGGGAAGAUCCCACAUGCUGUGGAACAACUAAGCCCAUAAAUCACAACUACUGAGCCUACAUGCCACAACUACUGAAGCCCUGGUGUGCCUAGAGCCCUGUUCCGCAACAAGAGAAGCCACUGCAAUGAGAACCCUGUGCACUGCAAUGAAGAGAGAGCCUGUGUGCAGCAACAAAGACCCAAUACAGCUAAAAAUAAAUAAAUAAAUAAAUCUUUUAAAAAAAGAAAAUCAAUUGGCCAUAAAGAGAUAAAUUUAUUUCUGAACUCUCAAUUCUAUUUCAUCGAUCUAUUUGCCUAUCCUUAUGCCAAUACCACACUGUCUUAAUAACUGCAGCUUUGUAGCAAGUUUUGUAGUGAGAACUUUGUAGUAAGUUUUGAAAGUGAGAAGUGUGAGUCCUCCAACUUUGUUCUUCUUUUUCAAGAUUGUUUUGGCCAUUCAUGCAAUUCCAUAGGAAUUUUAUUUUAUUUAUUAUUUAUUUAUUUAAGAGGUACGCUUACUUUUUGGCUGCAUUGGGUCUUUGUUGCUGCGCAUGGGCUUUCUCUAGUUGCGGUGAGCAGGGGCUACUCUUCUUUGUGGUGUGAGGGCUUCUUAUUGCGGUGGCUUCUCUUGUUGCAGAGCACGGGCUCUAGGUGGACGGGCUUCAGUAGUUGCAGCACGUAGGCUCAUUUGCUGUGGCUCUCGGGCUCUAGAGUGCAGGCUCAGUAGUUGUGGCGCUCAGGCUUGGGCUUAGUUGCUCCGAGGCAUGUAGGAUCUUCCUGGGCCAGGGCUCGAAUCCGUGUCCCCUGCACUGGCAGGCAGAUUCUUAACCACUGUGCCACCAGGGAAGUCCCUCCACGUGAAUUUUAGGAUCAGUUUUUCUAUUUCUAUAAAAACAGCCAUUGGAAUUUAACUUUUUGAUUUUUGAAGCAUGGUAAUGAAUUGCCUAAUCAAAUUUAUAAUUAAUAAGUUUUAAAAUUCUGAAAUUUGCCUGGUGUUCCCUAGAGGUCAUUCCAUGAAUUACCCUGACUUCAGGCUCUUUCCCUAGUCUAGAUCCCAUUUGUGCAAUGUACAGGAAAGAGAAAAUCUUACCAACCCUGGCCUUCCUUCCUCCAUUAUCCCAGACCUAUAGAUAGUUCUUCUAAUGGUCUAGUCUUUAUUCCUCUUGCUACCAUGUCAGUCAAUUACAGCUGACUCUUUCACAUUCUCCCUCAUCUGCUCCGGUUUUCUUUCCUCUCAUUCCUAAUUUCUGACUUUCCCCCCUUAUUUAGAGCUCCUGACCCUCUUCCUUUAGAAUCCAGGUUAUGAAAGCUACAAGGGCGGUCAGAUUCUUUUUUUCAACUCCCUUACUUUACAGUUGUGGAAACUAAACCUUAGAGAGAAAGUCUCACUUGACACCAGCCAGUGACUGAAGCAGGACCAGACCUGGUCAGUUUCCUGUUUGGUUCUUUUUCCACUGUGGCUUGGAAUCUUGGUGAAUAGACAUGUGUGCAGACAUUAGUGCCUCUAGGUCCACUCUCCAGACUCUUGGUUAGGCCAUUUUGCCCACUCUGGCCUCAUGAAGUCUGCAUGCAGGAGGGAUGAGAGAAGUCCAAGGCUCCUCCCCCAGGCUCGGAUCUGCCCCUUCCUGCCAUUUUGAAGAAACUGCUGAAUCCAUAGGGGGAAGUGAAACUACUGGGGGAGAUAAAGAGUUGGGGUAGAGUUUUGAGAGGGACAACCACAGGCUAAGUUUAGAGGGCUGAGAGCUUGGGGGCCCUCCCUGAGGAUCCAUGUGUCCCCCUUUAUAUCCUAUUACAGACCAUGGUGGCUUUGUCAAUGGUCCUCGUUUUCCUGCUGGCCCUGAGCAAAGGUGAAAGUGAAUUGGACGCCAAGAUGUCAUCCCCACAGGAGGCCACAGAAUGGGGGGAGCCUGGUCUGUCCCUGCCAGAGUCCUGCCAGCCAGCUCCCUCCUGCCAGAAGUGCAUCCUCUCACACCCGAGCUGUGCAUGGUGCAAGCAACUGAACUUCACGGCGUCCGGGGAGGCGGAGGCGCGGCGCUGCGCCCGGCGAGAGGAGCUGCUGGCCCAGGGCUGCCCGCCGGAGGAGCUGGUGGAGCCCCGCGGCCGGCAGGAGGUGCUGCAGGACGAGCCGCUCAGCCAGGGCACCCGUGGCGAGGGGGCCACCCAGCUGGCGCCGCAGCGGGUCCGGGUCACGCUGCGGCCGGGAGAGCCCCAGCAGCUCCAGGUCCGCUUCCUCCGAGCCGAGGGAUACCCUGUGGAUCUGUACUACCUUAUGGACCUAAGCUACUCCAUGAAGGACGACCUGGAGCGCGUGCGCCAGCUCGGGCACGCGCUGCUGGUGAGGCUGCAGGAGGUCACCCACUCCGUGCGCAUCGGCUUUGGUUCCUUCGUGGACAAAACGGUGCUGCCCUUUGUGAGCACAGUGCCCUCCAAGCUUCGCCACCCCUGCCCCACCCGGCUGGAGCGCUGCCAGCCGCCCUUCAGCUUUCACCAUGUGCUGUCCCUCACCGGGGAUGCUAAGGCCUUCGAGCGGGAGGUGGGACGCCAGAGCGUGUCCGGCAACCUGGACUCGCCUGAAGGUGGCUUCGAUGCUAUUCUGCAGGCUGCCCUCUGCCAGGAGCAGAUUGGCUGGAGAAAUGUGUCCCGGCUACUGGUCUUCACGUCAGAUGAUACAUUCCACACAGCUGGGGAUGGGAAGUUGGGUGGCAUUUUCAUGCCUAGCGAUGGGCACUGCCACUUGGACAGCAAUGGCCUCUACAGUCGCAGCCCAGAGUUUGACUACCCCUCUGUGGGUCAGGUAGCCCAAGCCCUCUCUGCGGCAAACAUCCAGCCCAUCUUUGCUGUCACCAGUGCCACACUGCCUGUCUACCAGGAGCUGAGUAAGCUGAUUCCCAAGUCGGCAGUGGGGGAGCUGAGUGAGGACUCCAGCAAUGUGGUGCAGCUCAUCAUGGAUGCUUAUAAUAGCCUGUCAUCCACUGUGACCCUUGAACACGAACACGCUCUACUCCCUCCUGGGGUCCACAUCUCUUAUGAAUCUCAGUGUGGGGGUCCUGAGAAGAGACAGGGCGAGGCUGGUGACCGGGGCCAGUGCAACCACGUCCGAAUCAACCAGACAGUGAAUUUUUUGGUUACUCUCCAAGCUACCCACUGCCUCCCAGAGCCCCAUCUGCUGAGGUUCCGAGCCCGUGGCUUCUCAGAGGAGCUGACUGUGGAGCUGCACACACUGUGUGACUGUAACUGCAGUGACACCCAGCUCCAGGCUCCUCACUGCAGUGACGGCCAGGGUCACCUACAAUGCGGGGUGUGCAGCUGUGUCCCUGGCCACCUGGGUCGACUCUGUGAGUGCUCUGAGGCUGAGCUGUCCUCCCCAGAUCUGGAGUCUGGGUGUCGGGGCCCCAAUGGCACAGGGCCCCUGUGCAGCGGGAGGGGACGGUGCCAGUGUGGACGGUGCGCCUGCAGCGGACAGAGCUCUGGACGUUUGUGCGAGUGUGAUGAUGCCAGCUGUGAGAGACACGAAGGCAUCCUCUGUGGAGGCUUUGGCCGCUGCCAAUGUGGAGUGUGCCACUGCCACGCCAACCGCACGGGAAGAGCAUGCGAAUGCAGUGGGGACACAGACAACUGUGUCAGUCCCGAGGGAAGGCUCUGCAGUGGGAACGGACACUGCAGCUGCAACCGCUGCCAGUGCUCGGACGGUUACUACGGUGCUCUAUGUGAUCAGUGCUCGGGCUGCAAGACGCCAUGCGAAACACACAGGGACUGCGCAGAGUGUGGGGCCUUUGGGACUGGUCCCCUGGCCAUGAACUGUAGCAUGGCGUGCGCCCACGCCAACGUGACUGUGACGUUGACCCCUAUCCCGGAUGACGGCUGGUGCAAAGAGAGGACCCAGGACAACCAGCUCUUCUUCUUCCUGGCAGAGGAUGAAGGCGGAGACAGGGUCGUGCUGAGAGUGAGACCCCCAGAGAAGGGAGCAGACCACACCCAAAUCUUGGUGCUGGGCUGUGUGGGGGGCAUCGUGGCAGUGGGACUGGCACUGGUUCUGGCUUACCGGCUCUCAGUGGAAAUCUACGACCGCCGAGAAUUCAGUCGUUUUGAAAAGGAGCGGCAGCACCUCAACUGGAAGCAGGACAGCAACCCUCUCUACAAAAGUGCCAUCACAACCACUGUCAACCCCCGCUUUCAAGAGGCAGAAAGCCACCCCCUCUGAAGUGAGGACGGACACUCGGUGCAAGGCUCUUCUCUGGGAUGGAGGGAAUUGGGGAAUGGGGUCUAUCAGGCAGCAGCUUGGUAGGGGGCUAAUGCACUGCUGAGUGGUCACCCACACUUCAUUCUCACAGUGACACCCUAGAGGGCUGCCUACUGCUGCAACCUUGUUUCCCUACCUCACGGGAGUGGAGGCUACCCCACCCAGAUAUGUAAUAAAGAGUCUUA